AUGAUCGACAUCAGCAUCUCCAACCUGGAGGGGCUGCGCACCAAAUGCGCCACGUCCAACGACCUCACGCAGAAGGAGAUCCGCACCUUGGAGAGUAAGCUGGUGAAAUACUUCAGCCGUCAACUCUCCUGCAAAAAGAAGGUGUCCCUGCAGGAGCGAAAUGCCAAGCUGGAGGGCUUCCCGCAGCUCUGGCACUGGUUUCGCAUUGUCAACAUCCGCAAGGAGGUCAUGGAGAGACUGACACCCGGGCAACUGAGUCUGGAAGACCUCUUAGAGAUGUCAGACGAGCAGGUCUGCAAGACGUGGAGAAAUUUGGGCAACUGGGAAGAAUGUGCCCGACUCAACGCCUCUCUCUCCUGUCUCCGGAACGUGUAUAAGUCAGGAGGUAGUCUCUCCAAACAAGAUUGGACCAUCCAGUGGCCGCCAGCGCCUGAGACCGACAAAGAAAACAGCUCCAUGUGCCAUUCUGAAUCCAUGCAGUGGAUCCGAACUCACCUCUCUCUGAGUCCCAAGCCUAAGUCCAAGUGCAUCCCACACUUCUGCCACCAAGCAUUGCCCCAUGAGCUUGUCUACACGCACACGGACAGGCUAACUGUGGAAGGUUUUCCAGGACUCUUUCCUCCACUGGAAUCCGGCCACCGCUCCUUGCCCCCUUCCCCACGCCAGCGGCAUGCAGCCCACACCCCGCCCUGCACCCCAAAUAUCAUCACCACCAUGACAGCUCCAGGGACACCGCCGGUCAGGAGGAGGAACAAAGUGAAACCGCCGGGCACGCCGCCACCUUCAUCUCGGAAGCUGAUCCACCUCUUCCCGGGCUUCACCGUCUUGCAUCGGAGCAAGUCCCACGAGUUCCAGCUGGGCAAUCGGGUGGACGAGUCUCACACCCCCAAGGUCAAGAAGAAGGAUAAGCCCCUGAACCUCAAGAUUCACAACAGCGUGGGGAGCUGUGAGAACAUCCCUGCGCAGCGCUCUCCUCUCCUCUCCGAACGGUCCUUGAGAUCCUUUUUCGUUGGUCACCCUCCUUUCCUUCCUUCCACUCCUCCAGUCCAUACGGAUGGCGUGUUCUCCACAAAUACACUCUCAGUACCUCGCUGGUCCCCGCAAAUUCCUAGACGGGAUCUUGGAAACUCAAUCAAACACAGGUUUUCCACAAAGUAUUGGAUGUCCCAGACAUGUACUGUCUGCGGGAAAGGAAUGUUGUUUGGGCUGAAAUGUAAAAACUGCAAGCUAAAGUGCCACAACAAAUGUACCAAAGAGGCCCCACCGUGUCACCUGCUGAUCAUCCACCGUGGAGCAAGAUUAGUCCGGACAGAAUCCGUGCCAUGUGACAUCAACAACCCCUUGCGGAAACCCCCUCGAUAUUCAGAUCUGCACAUCAGCCAGACGCUUCCCAAAACCAACAAAAUCAACAAGGAUCACAUUCCAGUGCCCUACCAGCCUGAUUCCAGCAGCAAUCCCUCCUCGACGACAUCCUCCACUCCUUCUUCACCAGCUCCUCCCCUGCCACCCAGCGCCACGCCGCCUUCGCCUUUGCACCCCUCCCCGCAGUGCACGCGGCAACAAAAACAGUGCAACUUGCCAGCUUCUCACUAUUACAAGUACAAGCAGCAAUUCAUUUUUCCAGACGUUGUGCCUGAGGUUCCCCCCAGACCACCUCAAGUCGUCCUUCAUCCAGUGAUUUCAGACCCAAUCCGAGAAGGGAAUCCGGUACUUCAAAUUGAAGUGGAGCCAACCUCCGAGACCGAACAGGGAAACGAUGAGGAAUCCGAGGACGACUUUGAGGAGAUGAACCUCUCCCUCCUCUCGGCUCGUAAUUUCCCCCGGAAAGCCAGCCAGACCAGCAUCUUCCUGCAGGAGUGGGACAUCCCCUUCGAGCAGCUGGAGAUCGGUGAGCUGAUCGGCAAGGGCCGCUUCGGGCAGGUGUUCCACGGCCGUUGGCACGGUGAGGUGGCCCUCCGCCUCAUUGACAUCGAGCGGGACAACGAGGACCAGCUGAAGGCCUUCAAGCGGGAAGUCAUGGCUUACAGGCAGACGCGGCACGAGAACGUGGUGCUGUUUAUGGGGGCCUGUAUGAGCCCUCCCCACCUCGCCAUCAUCACCAGCUUGUGCAAAGGACGCACCCUCUACUCGGUGGUGAGAGAUGUCAAAACCGUCCUGGAUGUCAACAAAACACGACAGAUUGCUCAGGAGAUUGUCAAGGGAAUGGGCUACCUGCACGCAAAGGGAAUUCUCCACAAAGAUCUCAAAUCUAAGAAUAUCUUCUACGACAACGGGAAAGUGGUGAUCACAGAUUUUGGCCUCUUCACUAUAUCUGGAGUUCUGCAAAAGGGCAGGAGAGAGAACAAACUGCGCAUCCAAAAUGGCUGGCUGUGCCACUUGGCACCGGAGAUCAUCCACCAGCUGUCACCGGAAACGGAAGAAGACAAAUUACCUUUCUCCAAGCAUUCAGACGUCUUUGCUUUUGGAACCGUCUGGUUUGAACUGUACGCCCGGGAAUGGCCCUUCAAGACCCAACCAGCUGAGGCAAUAAUUUGGCAAGUGGGCCGAGGGAUGAAGCCGAACCUCAGCCAGAUCGGCAUGGGGAAGGAGAUUUCAGACAUCCUCCUCUUCUGCUGGGCCUACGAGCAGGAGGAGCGACCCACUUUCACCAAACUCAUGGAGAUGCUGGAGAAACUGCCAAAGCGGAACCGCCGCCUGUCUCACCCCGGCCACUUCUGGAAGUCAGCAGAGUAA